AUGCAUUCUUCACCAGCAGUACGCUACAGCAAGCAUAAUUUCGAGCCUAUUUGAUCAUCUCUUAUCAUAGGUGCUAUCAUGGCUUCGUCUUCGUCUGCAUCUUCACCGCUCCUCUAUUCGUGUAUCGCCUAUAACACCACCAUCCUGGCCGAGCACACGACGUCGGCUUCCUCACAAACAAGCAGCCUUGCCUCCCUCAUCCUACCAAAAAUCACUCAUCAGCAACCACAAAAACUCACAUACACAAGUGGAUCCAAUUUUAUACACUAUAUUGCCCUUGCGCCCUCGGAGUACCCGAAUGCCCCGUCAGCGGGUGGUUUGACCUUCCUGUGCGUUGCCAAUGAAUCGCUAGGCCGCCGUGUGCCUUUUGGAUACCUCCUCGAAGUCAAGAAAAAGUUCCUCGGCGAUUAUGCGCCUGAAUCUACAGACUUCGCAAGUCUUCCACCGUAUGGCUGCGCAGCUUUCAACACUACGAUGAAGAAGUUGAUGAUCAGUCACGGAACAACCGAGGCGGGGCAGAAUGACGCGAUCAGAAAUGUGCAGCGGGAGAUGGACGACGUACGAGAGAUUAUGAGUGAGAACAUCGAGCGAGUUCUCGAGAGAGGGGAACGGAUAGAUCUCCUUGUGGACAAGACGGAUCGAUUGGGUGGCAGCGCAAGAGAUUUCAGGGUGAGAAGUAGAGGACUGAGGCGAAGGAUGUGGUGGAAGAACGUCAAGUUGAUGGUGCUGUUGUGUGUCGUCAUUGUCUUUCUGAUCUACCUACUAGUCGGCAUGGGUUGUGGCCUCCCUGGUUGGGGUAGAUGCAUACAUCACUGAUUAUCAAGCGCAAGGUGGUCUGGUGAAUGUGUAAAGACUUUCAUUUCUGUUAACAGCGGUUACUCUUGUACAAUUAGUGUGUAUAUGUGAAGUUCUGAUGAGACCUUUGACAAUCUACAGUUUUGCAGUCUCGGCUUUGAUCUCUCUGAGCGCCUC